AUCCCCACGAAAUAGGAAAAGAAAAAAAGAAAAAGAAACGAAAACACAAGACGGACUUGGUGAGAGGAUAGAGCGGAUAAGGGAGAGAAUGUUACUUGGCGGGGUAAUUUCACCUCUUUGCAAGCAUGAUGGAUGCUUAGGAGCUGUAUACGCACCGCUAAAAAAGCGACCAGGGGUAUUCGUAGUAGGGUUAAACGGCGGAAGCCACGGCGACGACAAGAACACCACCAUUAUUGAGGGUGGUGAUGGAGGAAGAAUAAGGCCAUGUUGGUGGUGCUUUACGAGAAACGCCGCCAGCAGCAGCAGCAGAAACAGAUGGGCAAGAAUUGGUCUCGUAACGGCUGCAGCGGCAGCAAUAAUGUUUUCGUCAGUGGGAAUUACAAAUGCUAGAACCCAACAACAGCCAACAGUACAGGAGACUCUAUCAGACAUCCCACAAAUGCUAUCGGGAGAAUGCUCAGCUGCCUCCGCUCAGGACUGCAAGAAGGCUAGGAUCCAACGACCCAAGUCAAGGAAAGCGGAGUCGUGCACCAUCAAGUGCGUCACCACUUGCAUCCGCGGCGGCGGCGAUGGCUCUCCUGGGGAAGGCCCUCUUAACCUCAGAAGACCUCUAGUGGUAUUCAAGCAAGGGUUCCGAAGUCGUCGAUACUGUCUGGUGGAGUGUUCUGAUAUUUGUAACUUGAUCGGUGAUGGUGAUGAUGGACCUUAACUUGUAGUUGGGUGCCUAAAACUAAGAAUCUGCAUUAUUUUGUUUGUACUCUGAUACAUUAUUUCAGUGGAAAUCUGAAGGCGAAGUCUUGAUUCAGAA